CUGGCCCCAAUAAGCCUCAUAAACUCAGUAUUUUGGGGAUAUACUCCCCUAUAUGGAAAACAAGCUGGAUACUGAUUUCUGAUUUUUACAGAUCUUGUUGUGAAGCAGUGUUUUAUUUUGUUUCAUUGCUUUGUAGGAACUCAUGGCAUUGUGCUUGAAGGAUCUAGAAGAGAGAAAAGAGCAAGAAGCUGGUAACAGAAGGAGCGUAGAGCAGGCUGUGAAUGAUGUGAAGGCACAUGCCAAUAUGAUCAAACGGCAGCUGUCAGAAAAAGUGACCGAGCUCCAGUUACUUCUUCGGGAAGAAGAGAGUCUGGCAGAAAACUUCAUUGAUGAAAAGACUCAGCAAGCCCUAGGAGCACAUGCUCAGCAGCUGGAGUCCUGUCAAGAACAGCUUGCAGCCCUAGAGACCUUCUCGUGUCGGAUCAGACAAAUACAACAGGACAGUGAUCCUAUUCAGUUGCUGGAGAAGUACAUAGAAAUCGAGAAGGAAAUGAAGGAAUCCAGGCACCUGAGAGAACAGUGGCAUCCAAUACCUCUCUCAUUUGAACACAUACUUAACCAUUAUAAGCACUUCUUCAGAGUUCUUCAGUCCAUUCUACAGAAACCACUAGAAGCCCGGCUUAAAGAAGAUGUUUUCAGUAGCCUUAACGCCACUGCAAAGAAGGAACCUGGAACAGUGUUGAAAACCAUGACUCCUGUUGAUCGGUUGCUUUUCUUAAAACAUGCAAGAUCACCAACCUGGGAAUACGACAGCAUUCACCCAAGACUGAAACUGUCCGAUGACCGUCUUGAAGUAAGCUGCAGCUGGAGGAGGAUAUUUUACCCCUGUGGUCCCCAGAGAUUCGAUAAAUUAUGGCAAGUGCUAAGCAAAGACGCAUUCCUCUCUGGGAGCCAUUACUGGGAGGUUGACCUGCUUCAUGCUGGAGCCGGCUGGUGGAUUGGCGCAGCCUACCCUUCCAUUGGCAGGAAAGGAGACUCUGAAACCUGCCGGCUGGGCUGGAAUAGAGCAUCUUGGUGCCUUAAGAAGUUUGAACUGGAAUACUGGGCAUUUCACAAGGGGGAGAGAAUCCCCAUCGUGGUAGAGGAUGAUCCUGACCGCAUUGGCAUUUUUCUGGAUUAUGAAGCAGGAAUCCUUUCAUUCUACAAUGUUAGUGAUGGAAUGGCUCAUUUGCACACCUUCCACUGCAAGUUCACAGAACCAGUAUAUCCAGCCUUGAGACUCUGGGAAGGGUCCAUUAGAACAUGCAAAUUACCAUAAGGAAUGAAGUAAAAAAAAAAAAAAAGCCUACUAUUUUAUGCUUUUUCUGU